UCUCAUUUAAUUUUAUUCAAUUCAUAUAUUAUUGUUUUAUAUAUGAUAAUAGCUAACAAGCAUACCACGUUAUAGGGAAAAAAUUUUUUCAUUAAUGGAUAUUUAGAAAUGAAAAUAAUAUUUCUAAUUCUAAAUUGAAGAUAAAUUUUAUAAAUAGAUUGAGUUAUUUUCAUAAACUUUAUAAUAAAUUAAUUAUUUUUUUUUUAAAAGCUUUACAUAAGCUGCUACCACUUAUUUGAAAAAUGCAUAUUUAAGUUUUAGCAUUGUAAUAAAAAAUGCAUACAAUAAAGUAUGCAUACAUAAUAAUUAUUCAUCACACGAAAAUUCACAAAUUAAUGAUUACAGGUUAUAAGUAUUAUACGUGCCUAUUAAAUUAUUCCCUAUUAUAAUUAUCAUAAUUAGUUUCAAUAAUGAAUUACUAUUUCACAACUCUGAAUAAUGUUUCCACGAAUUUUCUUAUAUCUUUUACAAAAUUUUUAAACAUCUUUUCUUAUAUAUCAAUUAUUCAAAUUAAUUGAGAAACAAAUUCAUCUAAUUUUUGGAUAAUUGAUCAUCAAAUUUGUCUAUAAUUGUCACGAAACAAUUACAAAUUAAACAAUAUUCAUAAUGUAAGAAUUAUUAGACAUUUAUUGAGAUAUUCAUCGAUCAUUUGAGUAAUCAAUCUUCGAAUAAUCGACGUUCUAUUUUCAUCAAAAGCUCUGUUCUUUUCUUCGUUCUUUCCAUAAAAAAAAAGGAAGGAAGAAAGAAAAAAGUGUCCCCCAAAACUCUCUUCUUCCCUUCGAAGAAAUAUCCGUAAAAGAAGAAGAACCUAGACUAAGAGAUUUACCAAAGAAAGAAACUUAAAAAAAAAAAGAAAAAAAAAAGGAAGAAAAAAAGGGAAAGAACCAGGAAAGAAAAGUGGAAAAGGGAAAGCGUUCUAUUUCCAUCCAAACGAUUAAUCUCUACGUGUGACGAGGGUGUGAAAAAUUUCGUAUCGUCCUGUCCUCGUUCCACGAACUCGCGCAUCUUCUGCAAGCGUCGGGACGCUCGACGUCCACCCCACCCCUUUUCCAUCUCUAAAAACCCCAAGCCCCCACCCCCACCAACUCGACCCACGUCCUCGUGGAAGGCCGUGUUCGUUUUCCGCGGCGGCAUCAGCCGGCAAUUCGCAUUCGACCGACGUCUUGGUUUAAAGAGUCUCGGGGACAGAAGACUUUUCGAUGAUGACUUGACUUCUGCCGACUGGAGUGAGCCGCGGCCUCAGGCAGCACAAAUAUACACAAGUAUACACUGAAAGAAGAUAGAAGAAAUAGUUACAUUGAAGACGAUAAUACGAGAGAAAUAUUGAUAACAAGAGAAGGAAUAAUAAGGAUAAGGAAGAAGAAGAGGAUUUAAUUAUUUCGAGUAUAUAUAUAUAUAUAUACUAUAUAUAUAUAUAUAUAUAUAUAUUCGCGAGUGACACGCAAGGAUCUGUUCCUUUUCUUCGAAUUUUUUUCUCGGCUGCGUUGCGUAUCUUUUUGUUGUUGUUAAGUGGCCAGUGACGGAAGUUCGUAGACGUAAGUUCUUCUGGGGGGAAAAAGAAAAGAGGGAAGUAAGGAAGGAAGAGGGGGAAGGAAAGUACGGGGUGAGAUUAUUCCGACCCCUUUUGCGUACAAUCUUUUUUUUUUGUGCUCGACCACACGAAGAAUCGACCGAACGACUUGGAUUCCAUCGAUUGAUCCAAGAUGAAACGACAAACGUCCCAGCAACAGCAGCAGCAACAGCAGCAACAGCAGCAGCAACAGACGAUCAUGCAGCAGCAACAGCAGCAGCAGCAAAUGAGCAUGCAACAGAGGACCGAACGACACGUCACUCGGCAGCAGAUCACCAGUCAGCAGAGAGGUCAGUUUGAUGAUUUAUCGCGAUCCACUUUCGAAAUUUCCAUGCAUAAGAAAGAAUAUGGCUCGAAGUGGAAAAGAACUCGGGAUUCCUCAGAUCAUCAAAGGGAAUCAGUGGCAAGAAUCGUUUAAAUAGUUGUCUAAAUCUAGGUUUAGAAGAUUCGAAGAUUCGUUUAACAGGAUUGACAGAUUUGGGAUAUAUUUUAAAAGAACUCGUUUAUUAGAAGCUUCGUAGAAAUGUGUUAGAUUGUUACAUAUGAUGAUAUUAAUUAAAAUCUUCGAAACGAUUACAUUAAAAGAACAAACAAUUGGUACAAAAAAAUAAUAAUCAAUUGAUAAAAUUUUUUAUGUAAAAUGUAUCAAUGUUAUUAUCAAAAUUCUUUUUCAUCAAGAUUAUUUCAUCUGCAACAAUCUAAUAUAGUUUAAAAAUUAACAUAUUUUAUCCAGAUAUCUUUCUACUUAAUACGAAAAUUAAAAAUUCCUUGUCUUUCAUCCAUUAUCAAUCAAUUAUCAAAUCUAACGAUCUAUCUAUAUAUCUAUAACCGGCCUGAACCGGCUGUUGACAAAAGACCAAAGGUUCAAUACCAAGAUACAAAAGAUACCAAAGGUACAAAAAUUAAAAAUUUCAACUUAUCUAUCUAAUCCUUCUUAAUUUUUCGAUCUCAUUUGCCUUGAUGAAAGAAAACGUUUUUCGACGAGAAAAACAAGAGGAACGAAAUCCAGAGAAACCGUAAGAUUUCUCAGCAGAGGCUCUAUAUCCCCUCGACGAAUAUUCUAUUUUCGAGCGAGAGCACCGCCCCUGCGCGAGCUCUAAAGAUAGUUUUCCACGUUGUUCGACGCCAACGUUUCGAAAAUUCCUGCACGCGCGACGCAUAAACGCGCCCUCCCCCUCCUGCCUAAGGGCAGCCCUCCCCGAAGAGGGUUGCCCGGAGGAUCGUGUAAAAACCCGGCGCAGUGCAGCUGUCAAAAUCGUUGCCGUGUCGAGGCCAUCUCGCUCGGCUGCAUAACUGUCAUUGGCCCGUGGAUCGCGUCCUGGUUCCUCUCUCUCUCUCGCGCGUGCUCGACCGGCGCGAGGAGGGGAGGAGGGAGGAAAAAAAAUGCGGCUUCUAAAUUCGGCCAGACACACUUUUCACGGGGUACCAUUUGCCGAGCGCUCGUUACCUCGACAAUCGUGCUCCUCGAUGAUGAUGGCUGAUGGCUAAUUGGGGAAAAUAGGGCGACUAUCGAAGAUGAAAUCUUCGAAAUGGUGAAUUUCGGGAAUUGAAGGAUUACGUAAAAAAAAAUUAUUGUCAAAAGAUUUUUUUUUAAAUAUGAUCGUAAAAUUUAAAAGAAUGAAGAAUUAUUGAAUGAAAUUUUGAAUCAAAAUCGCAUAAUUUUAUUUAUUAUCAAUGUUUUAUUGUUAUAGAUAUUGAUGAUUUAUUUUAUUGCAUGAAUCUGAUUGAGAAUCUUGAAAUUAUUUGAAAUAUUUGUAUAUAUAAAUCAUUAUAUUGUUCGUUAAAAUCGAAUCGAGAAAUAAGGAGAAUAUGCUGGAAGAAAGGAUGUAAUCGAAUGGAAAAAAUUAAAAAUAGUAAAAAUUAAAAGAGCUGAGUAAUUGAUGAAAUAUGUUUUUUUGACUUAAGGAUUGUAGAUUGUCGUUAUGUUCAUCUGAUAUAGAACGUAAACUUUAAUAGCUGUUUUCUAGAGCAAUAAAUAUUCUGAUAAUGAUAUUGGUGAUAAUGAAAAUUUUGUAUCGUAAAUUCCCUUAUAUUUUAACAAUGUGUAUAGCAAAAUCGAGAUAAGGAACUAAAUAUAUCGAUCAUGAUUCUUUCGAGAAAUGUUUCAACGAAUGGAAGAAUUAUACUUAGGUCAAGGACUGAAAAAUACAUCAUUUAAAUUUCGUAUUUCUUCUGAUUUUUUCGAUUUAUUGUCAUAAAUGAUAUAAUUUGUUACAAUGUUUUUGUGUUUAAUGAAGUAAAUAGGAGUAUAAUUAUUAAAAAUUGGAAAAUGUGGAUAUUUCUACAAAGU